GAAGAGGAAGAGGAGGAAUAAAUGAGUGUGGAUGUGAGGGAGCCGGCACACACACACACACACACAGAGACACUAAAAUAAGCGGUGAAUUAAUUUAGCGCGCGUGCUGCUGCAGGUUUGCGCACAAACACACACGCACGCGCGCGCACAGAGAGCGAGAGAGAGCGGAAGAAAAAGUUGAGAUCCCACGAGUCAGCGGCGGCGCGUGGGAGUGGGCAGCAGGAUCGUGACUGACUGAGGAAAGCUCCACUGUGUGUCUCGUCAUGGCAGGACCUGGAGGUGACAUGCAGUGGUGCUUCUCUCAGGUGAAAGGAGCCAUUGAUGAUGACGUCGCUGAAGCGGACAUCAUAUCCACUGUAGAGUUUAAUCAGACCGGAGAGCUGCUGGCCACAGGAGACAAAGGUGGACGCGUGGUCAUUUUCCAGCAGGAGAUCGAGAAUAAAAGUCCGCCUCAGUUUCGGAGCGAAUACAACGUUUACAGCACUUUCCAGAGCCACGAGCCAGAGUUUGACUACUUGAAGAGUUUGGAAAUCGAGGAGAAGAUCAACAAGAUCCGCUGGCUCCCUCAGAAGAACGCUGCUCAGUUCCUGUUGUCCACUAACGAUAAGACGAUUAAGUUAUGGAAAAUCAGUGAACGAGACAAGAGACCUGACGGUUAUAAUCUGAAAGAAGAGGAUGGACGUUAUAAAGACCCCAACACUAUCACAUCACUGCGGGUUCCAGUUUUAAUACCCAUGGACCUGAUGGUGGAAGCCAGUCCUCGCCGGGUGUUUGCCAACGCUCACACCUACCACAUCAACUCUAUCUCCGUCAACAGUGACAACGAGACGUACCUGUCUGCAGACGACCUGCGCGUCAACCUGUGGAACCUGGAGAUCACUGACCGCAGCUUCAAUAUUGUUGACAUUAAACCUGCCAACAUGGAGGAUCUCACAGAGGUGAUCACAGCAGCGGAGUUUCAUCCUCAUCAGUGCAACACCUUCGUCUACAGCAGCAGCAAAGGAACCAUCCGUCUGUGUGACAUGAGGGAUUCUGCCCUGUGUGACAAACACUCCAAAUUGUUCGAGGAGCCAGAAGACCCCAGUAAUCGCUCCUUCUUCUCUGAGAUCAUCUCCUCCAUCUCUGAUGUCAAGUUCAGCCACAACGGACGCUACAUGAUGACCAGAGACUAUCUGUCUGUGAAGAUCUGGGACCUGAACAUGGAGAACAGGCCGGUGGAGACUCAUCAGGUUCACGAGUAUCUGAGGAGUAAACUGUGCUCGCUCUACGAGAACGACUGCAUCUUUGACAAGUUUGAAUGCUGCUGGAACGGAAACGACAGUGUGGUGAUGACCGGCUCCUACAACAACUUCUUCCGGAUGUUUGACCGCGGUCAGAGACGGGACGUCACCUUGGAGGCGUCCAGAGAGAACAGCAAACCUCUGCAGGUCCUCAAGCCCCGGAAGGUCUGCGCCGGCGGCAAACGCAAGAAGGACGAGAUCAGCGUGGACAGUUUGGACUUCAACAAGAAGAUCCUUCACACGGCCUGGCAUCCCCAGGACAACAUCAUCGCCGUGGCAACCACCAACAACCUCUACAUAUUCCAGGACAAAGUGAACUAACUCAGCUCUGGCGUGGAUGGUGUCACAUGACCACCCGCAGCUGAUCUGCGGUUACCGCCGGUAACCAGCUCCCUGUGUGUCCGUUGCUCCUGGUGACCAGACUGUGCUCAGAUGUGGACAGGGGGCGCUCUGCUCUUGUGACUCCUGCCUUGUUGUUUCAGUGACGUUGUGCCAAUUUCUUUUCCCUGUUGCUUUGUUUUUGUUUUUUUUUUUGUUUUUUUUCCGGCUCACCUGCCCCUUGUCUGCCCCCUGGGGGUUAACGUGAGUAAAAACCUCUUUCAUUUACUUCAGAUUAUGAACACACACUUAUUUUUAUAACUUUCUCCGUGUAUGAACAUCCAGACACUUGUUUAGUUGCUCCCCGUCGUCGUCCUGUGCCAUUGUUGUUUAUUUUUCUACGAAAAAGAAUUUGCCAGUCUUUUUGUUUUUGCCUGUCUGUCUAAUCUUCUGUCAUAGUUUUUUUUUUUUUGUCUGUUCAAUCAUGAGAACACUCAGUUUCCUGCUCAGACUGCUGCCCCCUGGUGUUCAACUCCAUGAAUUUAAAGCGUGUUUCUCUCACUGUGGCUGUGCUUUAGGUUCUGGCUGGCCAGAGAGGUCUAGUCUCUACAAGAAAGGUUUGUUUUUUUGUUUAACAUCUUUCUUUCUUUUUGUUUUUUUGUUUUUGUAUUCGACGGUAGUCAGGUUUCAGAGAUAGCCUAUUGAAAGAUAAAUAUUACAAUUGUCAUAUUUAUAUUAAAACGUUGAAAUAAUGUCAUCACAUCUGCGCUGUCCUAUUUUGUGAAAUGAAGCUGGACCUCACAACAUCCUUGUUUUGUUGUUUCCUUCCACGGUUUAUUUACCACAGAUCUGAUUUGACACUGGACUUCAUGACUGCACCAACAUAAAGUACUUCUGUGGUUUAAAAGAAAAGAAAAACAUUAUUUGAGGCAUUAAAUCAUUUAAAGUUUCUGUUUUUUUUGUCUCAACUACUGCAGACGUUAUGACUGCUCCUGUUCUGUAUGUGGUGAUACAUUACUCAAGGAUUUACAGCAGUUGAUGUCUACACACACACACACACACACACACACACAUAUUUAAAACAUGGACAGUUCAGACUAUAUCGAUGCCUCUGAUGUGUAUAACUACAAUUUUAAUCUAUGACAGUGAAGAUAAUAAACUACUUUUUGCA